CAUCAUUAACAUCCGAGUUUACUGAAAUUCGUCUUUAAGGGUGAUAUUUUCCUUCGUAUUUGGCUAACCCUUUCGCUACCCUGGGCGGCGGCUGCAAAGUGUACAGUAAUAGUUGCUGUUCGUUCGGUAUCCCUCUCGGGUCACCUGCCUCGGCUUGCCAGUGUGCUCCCGACCGCCGGAGGAUCAAGACGUGGAGGUUUGCGCGGUCGUGGGCGUGUGGACAGAUGUGUGGGUGGAGGCAGGCGUUGAAGCCUCGAUAUAACAAAGAGAGUUUAGGGAGUUGAACGUUUUCCCAUGCCGGAGCUGGCAAAGAACAGGAGAACAUUGAGGUCAGGAGAGCGCGAAGUGAGCUUGAGGGCGGAAACAGUCGCUUAAACUCCGGUGCGGCGGCAGUACGCGGCUCCUCCCCAGUGCAGAGUCCGCGAUCCCAACAUGGUAUGGAGGCGAACGUCACGGCAAUCUGUGCUUUGGUCGGCAGUCACUUGAGCGCCUGUGACUCAGUGAUGGGCAUGAGCACAGGAGCUUCGUGGGCGGCCCUGGUGCUUGCCGUGUGCGUGCUGUGUGGACAAGGCAAGAAGACCUACAGGACGCGGGAGGCGAGCUUGCAAGGAGAAGUCGAGGACAACCUUCACGUGGGACGCUCUCUCAAUCUCCUCCCUCGCUACGGUUUCCUCACUCUCUCCGUCAAGGUGUUCCCGCACCGCACGGACAACAGCUGGCUCUUCCGCGAGCAAACGGCCGAGGUCUUCCAGAAGAACUCGUACUGGGCCACGAGCGACCGACCGCGGCGCCGGCAGCAGCACCUCUACCGACAGCAGCAGGCCCAGGGCAGCGGCAACGAGCGGCAGAACGCGACCCGACGUGGCUACGACCAGUACUUCUUCAUCGACUUCUGCGACGACGAGCAGGAUCUGCUGACGGCCUACUUCGACAACUUCUACAUCGAGGGCGUCCCCGAGCCCAAGCGCGCCUUCACCAGCUCGCUCUCCACCAAGACCAAGGCGCAGCACCUGGGGAUCCACCCGACCUUUCUCAACAACCAGUACUCCUUCGUCCUCGUCAGGCUCUUCAGGAGGGCGCGCAGGGCGACUCUUGCCGGUGACCUGACUCUCUCGAGUGACUUCAAGUCGACGGUGAGCGACGUCCGCGUAGGCUCGACGGAAUCGGUCAACCAAUUCAUCGACCGAUACGGCACGCACGUCAUCACGGAGUAUGAGGUUGGCGACGUCAUGUACCAGGUCUACGUUUUCGGGGAGAGGACGUACGCCGAGCUCAAGGAUACCUUCGCGAUGAGUCAGAGCAGCCACCAGAGUGAUCUCAACCGAAUGGAGAGGUACUUCACGCCAUAUUACGCCCUUCACGUUGGCAAGCUUAAAUUGGCCUCAGGUAACCCAGAAUUCGAGAAGGUCGUGGCAGACGAGCUGAUGGCCAUGACCUUCUUCCGAGUGUACCACAGUAUAUUCGCCAUCUUCCAGAAACAGGAGCUGCAAACAACGCUGGAGCAGUUGGAGGGCGAGGUCGUACUCAGCCUCAAGUUGGAGAAGAUCACCAAGAUUGUCCCGAAGUCUCCCAAGCGCCACUGGCUGAGGGAGGUGCUGGAUAACACCCUCCAUCUCUACUAUGUUACCAUGUAAACAAACAAAGCAGCAAUGAACAUUUUAAACAACAGCAAACACGUCCUGAAAAUAUACAAAUAAAGGUGUUAUGAUACCAAAACAAGAACCUAAUAUAAACAACAGGCAACUUAUCUGCGGCACUUGGGAGGACCGAAGUCGUCUCGUUUUGGUUCUCAGGCGUAUUUCUUACUCGCUCCUCUAGCUCCUCGUGCAACAAUGGGUUUUUGCAAUACUUAGUAUUACUUAUAUUUAAGUUGUACCUAACCUAUUUCCACGUAUUUGUUAGCUGCUUUUUUAGUUUCUCUAGUGUUACAUACUAAGCUGGUUGUUAUCUAUAAAUUGCAAGGUCUGCCACAACGUUGCAUGUCAUUUAAGUGCCUUAUUAUAUUGCACAUGUGGUUUCCAAAGACCCACAGUCAGGGUGAGAGUAUGUAAUAUAUAUAUUUUUGCUACUAAGUAGCAAGCCUUAUUCACUGUUGUUCAUUGGUUUCUUUAUUUCUCAUACAUGAAUUUUUUUGUGUGUGGAUCCCAUGCCUAAUAUAUAUCUGAUGUUUGUAGUGAUUGUGGUGUGUUAUGUGAUGUGUGCUUAAGAUGACUGUCUAAAUCCAUAAUUUGAAUUGUUAAAUAGUUAAAAGUGAGGGUCUGUUUCAUACCUCUUUCCAGGAUUUAUGCAAAUGGGUUUUUAACUGUUGACUGUUGAAUACAUUCCCUUCAAGAAAUGGAUGAGAUGUUAAAUGGAUAAAUACUGCCUAAU